AUGUCACAAGAUGAGGACAGGAGAAUUGUGGUUCACUCCCACAUUCCUAUGCCUUCCCCUGGCAUGGCAAAUGCACCUUGGUUUGAUGGCAGAGAUGCUACCUUGUUUAUUGAAAGGUUUUAUCAAAUGUGCAAGGAUCAUGGGGUAAUUGACCCUAAGAACAUUAUCAAACAGUUGGCUAGGUACUGUGUUACAUGGAUUGGAGAAUGGAUGAAGACCUUAGAAGGCUACAAGGAAGGUAAUUGGGAAGUAUUCUCUAAAGAGAUUAUUCAUGAAUUUUGUGAUCAGAACAUUACUUACAAGAUUCAUUGUCAGAAUUAUCUUCAAGCAAUUACAAAGAAACCACAUGCUUGGGAUAGCAACAUUUGUGCCUAUGUUCAAGAAUACACUACUAUUGCCAUGACCAUGGAUUUGAUCAACCAGUAUGAAGGGAAUAAGAAGAUCUUUGAAGAAGAUAAAAUGAAGCAGAAGGAAAUGGAGAAGCUUGCUAGUUCUGUGAAGACUGAAGAAUCUGAAUCAAAAUCCAAAGCCAAGAGCUCUGAGAGCACCAAUAUUGAAGCUGCAAUUGAAAAGAUGACCAACAAGUUUACAAAUUUGGCAUUGGCCAUGAGAGUACAGUCAAAUCAGAUACAAGAGAAUUCCAAUCAGUACUAUAUGCUGCAGAGAGAAGGGCCUCCAAAACCCAUACCAAAUUAUAUAACAAAUGUGACUACUAAUUCUGCAACAGUAUAA